GGUCUCUCGCUGACGAGCGUGAGAGAAAUGGACACUGCGCGGCCGGCGCCACCGAGAUCACUCACCAAAACCCUAACCAACCUCCUCCGUUCACGGCGCACCAUCGCCGGCGAUGGAGACGCCGCCAUCGCCGCCGAUCGCGCACUGAAGCCCUCCAAAACCCUAGGGCGGUACCCCGCCAUCAUCCUCUCCGAUGAGCUCCCCGGAGACACUGACAAUGAACGGAAUGAAAGAGAUGAGAGGGAGGCUUUGCUCUCUAACCUCUUCGUCGGAAUCUCCGCCAUUAAAGCCGGCUACGCUCAGCUCCAGGUCGCGCAAUCGCCGUACAACCCUGAUGCCAUUCAAUCGGCGGACAAGGCCAUCGUCUCCCACAUCAAGCAUCUCUCCCAUCUCAAGCACGCAUUCCUCAAGAAGCAGCUGCCGGAACCCCGGCUUGCUUUCGCCGCUGAGAUCGAGGAGCAGCGGAACCUCCUCAAGACCUUUGAAAUCACCGCUAAGAAGCUCGAGGCCGAGAUCGAGCACAAGGACGCUGAGAUCCACUCCCUCCGAGACCGUCUUCUUGAUUCCGAGCAGCAGUGCCGAGCUAUCGAUGCCCGGCUCCAUCCACACCGAUCCCUCUCCUCGCUCUACGACCUCCACCUCUCCGGCCUUAACGCCGUCCACUUCCUCUCCGCGCUCCGCUUCGCUGUGAAAUCAGUCAGGAGUUUCGUCAAACAGUUGGUGCGCGAGAUGGAAUCCGCCGGCUGGGACGUCGACGCCGCAGCCGGCGCGAUCCACCCGGACGUUCUCCGCCGGGGGCCUGCGCACGGCUUCUUCGCCUACGAAUCAUACGUUUGCCUUACCAUGUUCUCCGACUUCCAUCGCCGCGAUUUCGGCCUUCGCGGGGCGGAGGAUCGCCGAUCCUGGGACCGGCGACGCUUCUUCGACGAAUUCUCCUCAUCGGCGCAUAGGAGCUGGAAUCAGCUCCUCGAUCGGAGCUCCACCGCGUCUAGGUUCGCCAGGGCGAAGUAUCUCGCCAUGGUGCAUCCGAAGAUGGAAGCCUCGUUCUUCGGGGAUCUCAAUCAGCGAACCAUAGUGAGAUCAGGGAAAGGGUUCCCGGAGACGACCUUCUUCGCCGGCUUCGCCGAUAUGGCUCGACGUGUUUGGCUCCUCCACUGCUUGUUCUUCUCCUUCGAGUCUUCAUCAUCUUCGUCGCCAGCGGUGUUCCAGGCGGCGAAAGGGACGAGGUUCUCGGAGGUUUUCAUGGAGAGUGUGACAACGGACGAUGACUACUCCGGCGAGGUGGAGCCCACCGUGGCCUUCACGGUGGUCCCCGGCUUUCGUGUGGACCAUGCCGUCAUUCAAUCCAGGGUUUAUCUUUCCUGCAACCCUACUACGACAUAUGGACGGUUCUGAUCCCAUCUCACACCAUCAACUCGCAUCCUACGGUACCUGUACACUCUCCCCUGCUCUUGUAUUAUUAUUACUCUAAU